GUCACACCCCGACAAGAAGGGGGACGAGGACGUUGACGGGUGUGAGUUGCAUUUCAGCCGUUUCGGAAGGCGGGAUAUCCUGUGCAAAAGUAUCGUAGUCGUACUAAUUCAAUUGCAAAUAUGCAUGACAAAUCUACGCUUUUACCUCAAUUAGCAUCACAAAUUUCAUUUUUCUUUCUGAUAAGAUUUGUAAUGCAAUUUGUACUAAUACGAUACUUUUGCGAUGCAUACGGGACUGCGAGACAGAAUUUCGAUCCGGAUAAUUUCCACCAAGAUAAUUUGAUCAUCUUCCCACGGGGCUUGGGCUUGCACUCGGAUCACGAGCUGUUGAUUCAGUCACAGUGCAGCUUGUACCAGAGACCAAUCGCGCC